GACGUUCGUAGGUCUAAAAAAAAAUCUAAAUACGAAGAAAGAAGACUCGAAAAGAGUAUAUAAAUAUACGAAGACACGAGAAGCUAGGGGAGAAAUCUUGAAGCUUCGUUAUCUUUUUGAUUCGAUUGUUGGAGUGACUCUGCGAGGAUGAGAGAACGGGUUUUUACAUUCGUUUCGCUGCUUCUUGUAGCUUUGUUUUCGUUUUCGAGUCUUUGCUACUGUGACGACCAGACGGUCCUGUAUGAAUCGUUCGACGAGUCUUUUGAUGGUCGUUGGAUCGUUUCUGAGAAACCUGAAUACCAAGGUGUGUGGAAGCACGAGAAGAGUGAAGGGCAUGAUGAUUACGGACUUCUAGUGAGCGAGAAAGCUAAAAAGUACGGAAUUGUGAAGGAGCUUGAUGAGCCACUAAACCUUAAAGACGGAACUGUUGUUCUGCAAUACGAGGCUCGUUUCCAAGAAGGGCUUGAGUGUGGUGGUGCUUACCUAAAGUAUCUUCGUCCUCAAGAAGCUGGAUGGGUUCCUCAAGGGUUUGACAACGAUUCUCCUUACUCUAUCAUGUUUGGACCUGACAAGUGUGGUGCUACCAACAAGGUGCAUUUCAUCUUGAAGCAUAAGAAUCCUAAGAGUGGCGAGUUUGUUGAGCACCAUCUCAAGUUCCCUCCUUCUGUUCCGUUCGACAAGCUUUCUCAUGUCUACACUGCUAUCUUGAAACCUGAUAAUGAGGUGACGAUUUUGGUUGAUGGUGAGGAGAAGAAGAAGGGUAACUUACUGUCUGCUGAAGACUUUGAGCCUCCUUUGAUCCCUUCCAAGACCAUCCCUGAUCCGGAUGACAAGAAGCCAGAAGACUGGGAUGAGAGAGCCAAGAUUCCAGAUCCUACUGCUGUGAAGCCUGAUGACUGGGAUGAGAAUGCACCCAUGGAGAUUGAAGAUGAGGAAGCUGAGAAACCCCUUGGAUGGUUGGAUGAUGAGCCUGAAGAGGUCGACGACCCUGAGGCAAGCAAGCCUGAAGAUUGGGAUGAUGAGGAAGAUGGUGAGUGGGAAGCUCCCAAGGUUUCUAACCCCAAGUGUGAGACAGCACCUGGAUGUGGCGAAUGGAAGAGACCGAUGAAGAGGAACCCUGCUUACAAGGGCAAGUGGAGCUCACCUCUCAUAGAUAACCCAGCUUACAAGGGAAUCUGGAAACCCAGAGACAUACCAAACCCUGACUACUUUGAGCUUGAUAGGCCAAACUUCGAACCUAUUGCAGCCAUUGGUAUUGAGAUUUGGACAAUGCAAGAUGGUAUCAUAUUUGACAACAUUCUGAUAGCUAAAGACGAAAAGGUUGCUGAAACGUACAGACAAACAACAUGGAAGCCCAAGUCUGAUGUUGAGAAAGAGAAACAAAAGGCAGAGGCUGAAGCUGCUGGUGAAAAUGGUCUCAAGAGCUACCAGAAGAAGGUGUUCGACCUCUUGUACAAGGUUGCAGACAUUUCUUUCCUGAGUGCAUACAAGUCAAAGAUCAUGGUAAGCUGUCAUUUCUAGACUUUAGAACAUAUUACAUGAGUAGAA